AUGGAUCUCGAAAAUGAAAAUUCGAUACUUCCGCCGUUGCCUCCGAAUCGAACAACUUCAAAUAAUCCGAAGGUCACAUUCAAAGGUGCUCAAACAUGGCGAGAGUCGAUCGGAAUGUUCCUUACAAUCACAUUAACGUUUGCAGUAUUGAUUUCUACUAUAAUUCUGCUGAUUUAUGUGUGGAGAGACAAGCAAGUUUACGAGGAACUCGUCGAUUAUUUGGAUAAGACGAUCAGCAUCUCAAAAAUCAAUUUCAAUCCAUUAUUAGGGCUUUAUCAAUUGAGCGAAAAAGAGCAUGAGGUUCUUGGACAUGAAAGAACGUAUAAGAAUAUUCUACGAUUUUUCCUUCUCUCUGAAAUUGGUGUCUUCUGUUUCUGCGCAAUUUCAGCCCUUCUCUAUUUAAGUUGUGAUGUUUCUUCUGGCAAGAAGAAUUUCGUUUAUUGGGUUGUUCUUGCUUGCGGUGUCAUCUAUGCCGUUAUCCAAGUUCACGUUUUUUGUUUUGCUUUGAUGCCGUAUUCAGGACAUUUGCCGAAUGCCACUGAGAAACUACUCAAUCAUGCCAUUCCUCAUAAUCCAGGAGGUCUUCAGCAGAUGGAGCAAAGACUUGGGUGUACUUUCGAUCACAAUCUAUACGCUGCGAAUCGAAGGCGACUUAAUCCAAAGAAUACAUGCGAUCCUCAAAUUGAAGCUUCAUUCAUCCCAAUGUACAUGCUAAUCACGCUCUUGGUUAUUCGUCUACUCCCAAUUGUUGUUGCAUUUCUCCUUUUUGUCAAAAGAACCCCGCUGAGCGAGAGUAUUGCACAAUUCAUCGAGAUGUUCCACAAUAGAGAUAAGAAGAGGUUAUAUGUUAAGAAACCGCAACGAACAACAACGUUUGACGGUGAGCACGUGAGCAAAAGUACCACUUUUGGCGUUAGCUCGAGUCCUCCAAGAAUCACAUCAACUCCUCUACCACCUGUACCUUCACCUGCUCAAGUUGAUCAUAGCAUAAGUUACAAUAAUGCUGCUUAUUUUGCCACAUCUGGCGCUUUCUCGUCAAGAUCCAGUGAUAUCUCCAGAAUCGAUGCGACAGAAUUGUUCAAGAAUCCAAUCAACCGACACCCGUCGGGCAGUCUUCAAUCCGAAGUCUAA